GCUCUACUGAGGCUUGUAUUGACCAGUUCCAGACCAUCCUCGCAACAUCGUAAGACAGAAUACCACAUAUACCUCGCAAUAUAUCGGCCGAAUCUGGAAGAUGGACCAAAUCCAAUGGACACAACCUCCGUCAGACCUACCUUCCAUAGUAGAUUCACCCUUGAGUCACGACAGCAGAUGGCCGUGUGAUAUAGCAAAUAGCUCUCAAAACACACAACCAGGCCCUUGGAAUGAAUGCUAUUAUCCCGUACCUCUGAGCUCCGCAGAUAUCACCGCUUCAUCUCAACUUGCUUGUUCAAGCAGCGUGUCUUUAGAUCCAACAUUUGCACAGUCGAACAUAUUCAACACAAUGAGCAGUAACAUGGCCCAGUACCCCUAUAUUCGAGGGCAGGAGUCGCCAACUCCGACCACCAGUGAUCAAGAUUCUUCGUAUCAAGAGCACCUGCAAAGCAUGACAUCCCAACCACAUUUUACACCUUCUCACGCGCGAAGGCAUAAUAGCUAUCCCGAAUUCGAUCACGCGAGCACUUUUUCCAGCUCACGCAGCAAUCCUUUCCCUUCAGGCGCCUCGGCAACUUCACUCUCUGGCCACGGCAGUGAAGAGGAAGGCGGGACGACCAAAGAGCAGGAAGAACGGCUUCUCCUGGAAUUGAAAGACGAGCAAAACCAGUCAUGGAAGAAGAUAGCGGAUAUCUUCAGGUCACAGUGUAACAAAGAUUACAGCGUCCCGGCUUUGCAAAUGCGCUACCGUCGAUUACGACAGCGGAGGCUGCUGGACUUCAACGAUGCGGAUCAAGCAGCCUUAAUGGCUGCUUACGACUACUGGGAGACUAAACGCUGGGAGAUCAUAAGUGAGAAGAUGGCUGAAUUUGGAGCCACAGACUCCUGGACACCAAAAGCUUGCUCGGCCGCAUGGCUGAGACUGAAGAACAGAGAGCAUAGCAUGAAUUCACAGGGGCAACUCAAUACACAGUUACCUGAUAUAUGGAGACCGAUGGAUGUCCUCAACUGA